AUGGAGAUGCAGGAGUUUUUUGAAAGCCAGACAGCGAUGUUCCGUUCGCUCAUUGAACAAAUGCAACGGAUGAACACUGGCGCUACAGCUGCAGCAGCAGGCGGAUCAUCUCCAGGAUUUGUUCCAUUGCCCCCACCGUUAUCUGUGGAAGGAGACAUGGAACGAAAUUUUGACUUUUUCAUGUCAAAUUGGCAGAACUAUGCCAAGAGUAUCGGAGUGGAUAGAUGGCCCCAGCAAGACGAAGAAAGAAAAGUUAGUUUGUUAAUGUCUGUCAUUGGAGAAGCUGCUCUUAAAAAGUACAGCAACUUUGAGCUUACUCAAGAGGAGAGACAUAACCUCGAACUCGCGGUGGCAGCAAUCAAAGCGAAGGUAGUGGUUGAACGCAACAAAAACAUCGACAGGUUGGAUUUUUUCGAAGCCCAACAACACCCAUUAGAAUGUACCGAGGACUUCCUACUUCGUUUAAAACAUCUGAGCCGGCUGGCCAAACUCGGAGAUCUCCGUGAUGAAUUAGUCGUGUUCAAACUAGCUACAUCUAACAAGUGGCCCCACCUCCGACAAAAAAUGCUGACAAAACCAGACAUCACUGAAGCGGACGCAGUAGCUAUGUGCCGCAACCAGGAACUCGGAGAAGCGCGCUCACAACAAGCUGAGGUCAACAAACUUAAAACGUCUGCCAAGUUAAUGAAGUGCAAAUUUUGUGGCGACCGCCACGAAUUUAAAAAAGGAGCUUGUCCAGCGAUCGGCAAGAAGUGCACUGCUUGUGGUGGAAAAAACCACUACGAGCGUGUUUGCAAAUCGGAAGGAAAGAUCCAUAAGAAGAAGCGUCGAGUUAAAGUGCUUAAAGAAGAACCGAAUAGUGAUUAUUAUGCUGAGUCAUCCACGGAAAGUGAAAAAGAAACAGAAAAUAGUGAAGAUGAAGCAGAAAUUCGGAAAAUUUACGACAACUCCGCUUCCGGAGGGCAAGUUUUGGCAGAUUUAGAAGUUAACGUCACCGGCUAUUGGAAAACGAUCAAAUGUGAAUUGGACACCGGAGCAAAUACAAGUAUCAUUGGGAAGAAUUGGCUGAACAAAAUCGUUGGAUCACCAGAAACCAAAAUCACCCCGUCAAAUCUUCGUCUAUUUAGUUUCGGUGGAAAUCCGAUUCCAGUAUUGGGCGAAACGAAAAUUAGCUGCAGACGAAAUGGAAAAAGAUAUAAAUUAGUUUUCCAAGUGGUUGAGGUAGACCAUAUUCCACUGUUGUCAGCGAACGCCAGCAAGACUUUGGGUUAUGUGAAGUUUUGUAACUCAGUGUCUUUUGCGACAGCCACAGAUUCCACGAGUUUGCUGAAUAUCCAUCGUUUGGAAGCAAUGAAGAUAGUCGAUCAGUACAAAAGCGUUUUUGAAGGAUAUGGUCGUUUUGCCGGUGAAGUGUCGUUGGAGGUUGAUCAGUCUGUACAACCAUGUAUCCAACCUCCAAGAAGAAUCCCUUUAGCGUUUCGUGGCCCUCUGAAAGAAGAAUUGGACAAACUCGAAAGAGAUGGCAUUGUGAUUAAAGAGUUUGCGCACACGGAAUGGGUGAGCAAUGUGGUUCUCGUGAAACGUGAAAAAGAUAAAACCAGCUCGAUUCGCAUAUGUCUCGAUCCAGUUCAUCUCAAUCAAGCUCUGAAAAGACCAAACUUGCAAUUCCCGACCAUAGAUGAAAUCCUCCCAGAACUGGGUAGAGCUAAAAUAUUCACAAUGGUAGAUGCUCGAAAAGGGUUUUGGCACGUCGUCCUGGAUGAAAAGAGCAGUCGCUUGACUACCUUUUGGACACCCUUUGGCAGGUACCGAUGGAAGCGGCUCCCAUUUGGAAUAUCCCCAGCUCCGGAGAUCUUCCAAAAUAAGCUACACGAGGUUCUUCAAGGCCUGAAGGGAGUGGAUUGCCUAGCUGACGACAUUUUGGUAUAUGGGUGUGGAGAAUCUAUGGAGCAAGUACUUGUCGAUCACAAUCGGAAUCUGCGGAACCUGUUGGAGCGCCUCGAGAAAAGUGAUGUUAAAUUGAAUCGUGAAAAAUUAAAAGUGUGUGAACGAUCUGUGAAGUUUUACGGUCAUAUAUUGAGUGAUAGCGGUCUCAGACCGGAUGAUUCAAAAGUGUCUACUAUAAAAAACUAUCCAGUGCCUACAAAUAAAAAAGAAUUACACCGAUUCGUUGGAUUGGUGACCUACCUGGGAAGAUUUUUGCCGAAUCUAAGUGCCAACAUUACGAUGUUAAGAAGAUUGAUCUCGGAAAAAGAAGAGUGGAAUUGGUCCUCAGCACACGAAGAAGAAUUCAAUCGAUUAAAGUUUAUGGUGUCUGAUGUAAAGACGUUGUGCUACUAUGAUCAGUCUCAACCUCUAGUGAUAGAAUGCGAUGCUAGUUGUUAUGGUUUGGGCGUAGCGGUUUUUCAGCGCAAUGGUGUGGUAGGAUACGCUUCUAGAACACUCACGACAACCGAAAAAAAUUAUGCCCAAAUUGAAAAAGAACUUUUGGCAAUACUUUUUGCGUGUGUUCGGUUCGACCAGUUAGUAGUCGGUAAUCGAAAACCAUUAGUUAACGUAUUUAAAAAGCCGUUAAUUUCAGCCCCUCGCAGAUUACAACGAAUGUUGUUGAAUCUCCAGCGAUAUCAGUUGAACAUUGAGUAUGUUACGGGUAAAGACAAUGUGGUCGCGGACGCCUUGUCUCGUGCACCAUUACCUGUUUCUUUAGAAGAAGAUGAUUACAAAAAGUUUACCGUAUAUCAAGUGUUCAGUGAAUUACAUAACCUACAACUAGCAUCUUUCUUGAAAGUGUCUGAGGACUGCUUGAAUGAAGUUGUUGAGGAGACCAAAAAAGAUUCCACGAUGCAGCAGAUCAUCUCGUACAUACAUUGUGGUUGGCCAGCAGCUGUGACCAGUCUACCGGAAGGCGUCAAAGUGUACUUUAAGUACAAACAUGAAUUGGCUACUCAGGAAGGAUUGGUGUAUAGAAAUGACCGCAUACUUGUACCAUACGCUUUGAGGAAGCGAAUGGUUUCGAAAGCGCAUGUGAGUCAUAAUGGAGUGGAAGCGACAUUGAAGUUAGCUCGUGCUAACUUGUUUUGGCCAGGAAUGAGUGCACAAAUCCGAGAUUCAGUUGCAGCGUGUUCUAUCUGUGCCAAGUUUGCCUCAUCUCAAGUAGCUCCUCCAAUGCAAACUCAUCCAAUACCAGUACAUCCGUUUCAACUUAUAUCCCUCGACGUAUUUUUCGCUGAUUAUCAAGGACAAAAACGAAAAUUCCUUGUGACCGUCGAUCACUAUUCCGACUUUUUUGAGGUCGACCUUUUGAAAGAUUUAACUCCGGGAUCGACUAUAACUGCCUGUAAAUCUAAUUUUGCUCGCCAUGGUCGUCCUCAGGUCGUACUGUCUGACAAUGGUACGAAUUUCUACAGUCGAGAGUGGGUAGCUUUCACUAAAGAAUGGGACUUUAAGCACACGACAUCGGCUCCAAACCAUCAGCAGGCAAACGGAAAGGCGGAGGCCGCUGUCAAAAUCGCUAAACAUCUUUUAAAAAAAGCCGAAUCUUCUGGAACGGAUUUCUGUUUGCCAACAACGUUCACCAACGAGCAGGCCCUGGUACCCGAUCACACAUCGUCUGUCAGUCUGAAUGAUCAAGCUGCAGAUACUGCAACACCGGAGAAGAAUGACAACACGAUGGGCAGUAGAAUGGAAACUGCAAACAUACAUCAGCCGUUAGCCGAAACUCCACGACGUCCGAAGAGAGAUAUUAAAGUCCCGAUAAAAUUCAAAGACUAUCUUCUUGAUUUCGAGUAA